CACCUCGAAGCUUCCAGUGCGUCACAGCUCACCAUACGCACAAGAACAGAUGAGACAGAGAGAAAAGCUCGGAGAAAACGCGCCUGGAUCUUCCCGGGCACGUUGUGGUGCGGCAGUGGAAGUACGGCGGACGGAUAUGAAGAAUUAGGGAUGUUUGAGGGUACAGACAGAUGCUGCCGUGAGCACGACCACUGCCUGCAGAUCAUCCCGGCCUUUACGGUGAAUUAUGGAGUGUUCAACCGCAACCUCUUCACCGUCUCACACUGUGAGUGUGACCAAAGGUUUCGACAGUGCCUUCUGGACGUGAAUGAUAGCAUUUCUAAUAUGGUAGGCUACAGCUUCUUCAACAUCCUCCGGAUUCCCUGCUUUGAGCUCAAGCAGCAGAGGCGGUGCACUGAGAUGUACUGGUGGGGGAUGUGCAAAGUAGCCAAAGAAGCUCCAUAUGCUGUCUUCAAAAGCCCCCUCCCCUACAACACCUCUGAUGCUGAGCAAAAAUAUGCGGACACUGACACCAACAAGUUACCAAGUAACAAGGAGCAGCAUGUAACUCAAAGCCCCCCUCGCAGAAAGUCAUCUAAAACUCAGCAUCAGUGUAGAUUCAGAGACCCACCCAGAGGAGACACUUUCCACCGCAGAUGGACAAAAGCAAGAGGAUGCAGAAGACGCCAUAAACCUCAUGGAGCAGCACCUUCACAGUUGCCUCCAACAUCAAAGGCACACGCCACUGCUUCGUCAGUGGAAACAGGUCUUUUAAAGAUUUCUAAAAGUAGCUUACAGAGUAAAGAAAGCGAGAAAAGCCAGCAUAUCAAAGUGGGCCUGCCAGAUUACUCCACACUGAGACGCCGAGAUUCGCCACAGCUCAGCUCAAAUUCUGAUCUGCAGAGUUCAUCUACAGCACCAUCACCUUUAACACAGAUGCCAGAACUUCAGCCCCACCAAACAACAGCCGCAGUGACCAAAACCAACAAAAGUCACAAAGACGUUAUCAAGAGAAACGGCUGCUGUGGACACAGGAAGCGUGUGAGGGGUGAUGCUUUUCAGUCAGGCUGUGAAAGCUGUUUGGAACGAGAAACAAAAUCUCAUAUGAAAACAACUACGGACAGAUUACCAAUCAAAGUGACUACACUGGGUGUUGAAAAGACAACAAAUACACUCACAUCAAACACUUUGAUAACGGCUACUUUUGCAACACCCAUUGCAGCAAAACUAAAAACAGCAGCCCCGCUUAAUAAGGAUGAUGAGCCACAAAAGCAGGUGCACUCCUAUCUGUUAAUGAAUAACUCAAACCAGGGGCUCACAGGUAGCACCACAGCCCAAAGCACCCAUACAGAGAGGAGCCUUAAACAAAGUAAAAUGUUGCAUAAGAUAACAGAUAGCCAGCUCCUGUGUGAAAGCCUCAAACAUCUGGACUACUGUAAAUUCAAAAUCCCUCCUUUGAAAAAAAGAUAUGGCCUCCAGAACAUGGAGUCGAAGACCGCCUAUCACUGUGACUGCACCAGCCGCUUGGCUGUUCAGAUUGAAAGCCUCAAGCGACCAAGCAUUCUGCAUUCUCUCAUGCUGCAUUUCGUCUCUCAGCAUUGCUUUACACUGCCAAACGAGGAAAAAUGCCACGGCAAAAAAAGCUGUUCUAGAGGCUUCACUAAAGCCUCUGACCUACAUCAAGUGCUUAAGAAGAUAGAGGAAAAAGACUCUGCUGGGGUGCGAAUUUCAGGCACUGACAGAAAAAGAGGGAUUCCUGUUCGCCUUUAUAAGCGAUGCCUGAGGCUAGAAAGCGGAGCUGAUAUUAUGGCACGGUUCAGAUGACUGUAGAAUAAGCUGCUGUGUGCAGUAACAAUAAAUGUUAUAAGCUUUAGAUUUCACGCAGGCUUUGCUCUUUCUCCCUGAUGGUGGAAAAUUGCAGCAUUUUAAGAAGUAAGGCCCUCGACUAGCAAAGUAUGGUCUUAUAAAUGUAAUUACAUUCUUAUAAAUGUAAGUUAGCAUUUGCAUGUGGACUUGCAAAUGAUUGGAUUGUGGAAUGAAAACAUAAUUAAAUCAUUUUAUUGUU